AAUGAAAGAGGAAUAGGUUUGAGUUGAAUGAGGAGAGAGCACACAAAAAGAUGAAAAUGAGUGGCAUAGCAUUAGGAUUCACACCCACAGCCUACAAUCCCAGAAUCCCUUCAUUAAAAUCUCAGAAAAUCACCACAACCAAAACCAGAGUCUCAGUCUCAGUCUCAGUCUCAGUCCAACCACAACAAGCCUUCACCUCUGACCCCUUUGUUCUUGAACUCGCAGAAACCCUUGAAGAUUCCGUUCCCACACCACUCCCACUCCAGAAGCUCAGAGACUCAUCCUCCGAAACCCUUCUCUCAACUCCAUGGCCUUCUCGCAAAGACGAAUCCUUUCGAUUCACCGACGUUUCCUUCAUUCGCCACUCCCGAAUCCUCCCUGUCUCCUCCGACCCUUCGCCCCUCUCCGCCGUUCCCUCCGACACCCACUUCCCUUCUCUUACCAUCGUUGACGGCCACUUGGUACAGUCAACGGCAAACUUGUCGGAGUUUCCGAAAGGGGUUUACGUGGGUACCCUGUCGGGUCUCGCUUCGACGCCUAUGAUGGAAAAGGUGUCGGAAUUGAUGUGUGGAUUCAACGGUGGUGAUUUGUUUUGGUCCAUCAAUGGAAUUGGCGCUCCUGAUUUGACGGUGGUGUAUGUACCCGAGGGUUGCCGCGUGGAAAAGCCCAUCCAUUUGGGGUACUUUUCAAUGGAGGGUAGCAAGGAGGGUUCCAACACAAUGCGCGUUUCGAAUCCGAGGGUGCUGGUGGUGGUGGAGAAGGGAGGUGAGGUCGAUAUAAUUGAGGAGUUUUCCACAAUGGAAGGGAAUGAGAAUGAGUGUUAUUGGACCAAUGCAGCUUUGGAGGCAGUGAUUGGAGAAGGUGCAAAGCUCAGGCAUUCUUAUAUUCAGGCUCAGUCAUCUAGUGCAGCACAUAUCAAAUGGACCUCUGUUCGCCAGGAAUCAUCUAGUACAUAUGAGCUUACAGAGGUAAGCACAGGAGGAAAACUGGGCAGGCACAAUCUACAUAUCCAACAACUGGGCCCCGACACAGUGACAGAGUUAUCAACUUUACACUUGUCUGUUGGUGAUCAAACACAGGAUCUGCAUAGUAGACUUGUAUUGGACCAUCCACGGGGCUAUUCCCGUCAACUUCAUAAGUGCAUUGUGACUCAUUCAUUGGGACAAGCUGUUUUUGAUGGGAACAUAAAGGUUAACAGGUAUGCUCAGCAGACAGAUGCAGGACAGUUAACAAGAAGCCUACUCCUUGAACCUCGUGCAACUGUAAAUGUUAAACCAAAUCUCCAAAUUGUGGCUGAUGACGUCAAGUGCUCCCAUGGAGCUGCAAUAAGUGACCUAGAAGAAAGCCAACUCCUGUAUUUCCAAGCUCGCGGCAUUGACUCAAAGACAGCUAGAAGAGUUCUAAUUUUUGCCUUUGGGGGGGAGGUGAUAGAAAGGAUUCCUUAUUCUUCCAUUAGAGAGAGAGUAAGAAGUCAGAUUAAAAAUUUAUUGGAUCCAUCUCCUAAUUGAUCAUCAUUAUAGGUGUGAGCUAAAUGUAAACAUUUACAUUGCCCAGUAAAAUUAUGAAUUGAAAAUUUGAAAUCCAUAUAAAGUUCUUUUUACUUGUCUUGGUUUUUGACUAUAUCAUUGCUUCUACAAGAAUGAAGCGUGUAACUACUGUACUGCAUGUAACUGAUAACAUUUUGUGUUUCUUGCAUCGCCAUGUGCGACUAAUUUGUACUUGUAUUAUUUUUUUUCAAUGGAAAAAGUGCAUUUGUU